AUGCCAAAAUCUUUGAUCUCCCUUUUCGCUCUUGUCUCCUCUGCCAUGGCAGUUGAGAGAUCCGUCGUCGUCGGUGGUAGUGGACUGACUUUCGUUCCCAAUGCCUUGACUGUUCAAGUGGGUGAUACUGUCAAGUUCCAGUUCUUCGGCAAGCACAGCGUCGCACAGAGCACUUACGAUAGCCCAUGUGUUCCUUCCGACCAUGCUCCAAUCUUCUCUGGUGUUAUCUCUGGCCCAGAGCCGUCUUCCAAUGAUCCUACUCCUGACUUCAUCAUGGACACCCACGUCAACGGUACCUUAUGGCUCUACUGCUCCGUUUCCGACCACUGUCAAAAAGGCAUGUCUAUGGAAAUCAUCGUCGGCAAUAACCCUGAUGAGUCUCAAACCCUCGACAACUAUCAGGUCGCCGCCGCCAAGGUUGCCAAAGCCGUUGCACCAGAUACUGUUGAAGGUGGAACCGUUGGUCCUCAAUCGGGCCGAACUACCGAUACCAAUGGAAGUUCUUCUGCUUCUGCAUCCUCAACUGGUUCCGUCACUGCUCUCUCUGGUAAUACCACUGCCACUACCACUGCUUUAUCAACCACUUUCACCAGCAAGGCUUCCACAGUCACUGCUACCAAAUCCGGAGAGAGCGGUUCCGCUUCUGCUACUGGUUCCGCGGCUAGUGUUACUGCUAGCGGCGCUGCGAGCAAACAAGCUGCUGCGCUUGGUUUUGCAGGUAUCGCUGGUGGUUUGGCUUUGAUGAUCUAA